AUGGCCAAGGAGCUCGGGUGGGAGCGCUGCCUCCGGCUCUACCGAUCCCCCGAUUCGCCCUACAGCAUCGAUAAGGUCCUCGCCAAGUCCUUCUACUGGGUCCUCGCGGACACGGCGCGGGAGGGCAAGCUCUUGUUUUUUAGCGAAUUUCUGGAUCUGUUGUGCGCCCUCGCGUAUUACUCCAUCCUCUACCCCAGCCCACUCACCCCUUUGGAAAAGAAGCUCGAAGACUUCCUGACGCAUUGCUUCUUGGCCUGA